UUCAGGUUUCAACACAUUUUCAGUUAACAACAGCAAUGAGCACUCAGUUUGCAGAAGCAAUAUCAGCUAUCUUCCUCACUGGCCUUCUUGCUCUUGCUACACUUGUCAGCUGCAACACUGAAGGUGACAUACUGUACAAGCAAAAGGUAGCUUGGAAGGACCCUGAAAAUGUGUUGCAGUCAUGGGAUCCAAAACUUAACAAUCCCUGCACUUGGAUGCAUAUCACCUGCAACAAUGAUAACUCCGUCAUCCGUGUGGAUUUGGGGGAUGCACACAUAUCAGGACCUCUGAUUCCUCAAUUAGCAGGACUGAAUAAUCUCCAGUACCUUGAGUUGUAUGGGAAUUACCUGAAUGGAUCAAUACCAAUAGCACUGGGCAAGCUGAAACAUCUUGUCAGCCUUGAUCUAUAUGACAACCUGCUCACUGGUUGGAUACCAUCUUCGCUUGGCGCCAUCAGCAGUUUGCGAUAUCUGAGGUUAUCUGGGAACAACCUGAAAGGGCCAAUACCACCAUUGCUGGGCAAUCUGGAGAGCCUUGAAAACUUGGAGCUUCAGAAUAAUGCACUGGGUGGCUAUAUUCCGGCUUCUCUGGGAAAUAUCAAAACAUUAAUUUACUUGCGGUUGAAUGGUAAUAUGCUGACUGGCUCCUUGCCGUUGGAAAUCCUCUCACUUCUUGACAACAACUUGGUUGAAUUAAAUGUUGCAAACAAUAACCUGGACGGCACAACCAGAAAAUCUGGAACGAGAGUUACUACAAUUAUCCAGGACAUGCUGAAGACUACAAGUUGAGCCCAAUGUCAAGAUUCUAUAUUUCAGGCACAUUUUGAAAUUGGAUAGAUAAAUAAAAUAACAACCAUUGUCCCCCAUGUGCUCACUGGAGCACUGGACAUAUCCUAGCCUUUGAAUGUUUACUAGGCUUGCAAUGGAAAUUCAGGUGCUCAUACUUGUGCGUUUACUGAUCAUGUCAUCAUGCGCAUGUGUUCCGAAACUAUGCUAAUCAUGUACCUCUUAAAAGUUCUUCCAUUUGGUGAAACUGAGAACUAUUAUGG